AUGCAGUCCGGAAUCUCAGCCUCCCAGGAGCUGGUCUCCCAAUUCAACAACCUCCUCUCCGACAACUCCAUCUUCGGGCUUCUCGUGACUAUCCAGGGCGAGUCGCUCGUCCCCGUGACGACACUGCCCUCGUCGUCCGCCGACUUCGCCGGCAACCUGUCGACCCUGACCCCGCACAUCCAGGCCAACGAGGCCCUCUACAUCCUGCUGCGACGCGGAGCCCAGCCGCCGGGCUUGGUGGCCGUGACCUACGUGCCCGACACGGCCAAGGUGCGGCAAAAGAUGCUGUUCGCGGCCACACGCCUGACGCUGGUGCGCGAGCUGGGCUCGGAGCACUUUGCCGAGACCAUCUUUGCCACCACGCCCGCCGAGCUGACGCCCCAGGGCUUCGAGAAGCACGACCGCCACGCCGAGCUGGCCGCCCCGCUGACCGAGGAGGAGCGCACCCUGGGCGAGGUCAAGCGCGCCGAGGCCGAGGCUGGCUCCGGCACCGGCGUCCGCGAGAUCCAUCUGAGCAAGUCCAUGAACAUGCCCAUCGCCGCUGACGCUCUGGCCGGUCUGAGCGAGAUGGCGAGAGGGGAGGGCAGUGGCAUCGUUAUGCUGAAAAUCAACCCCUCGACCGAAAUUGUAGAACUCGACCCGGCCACUUCAUCUGCCUCGCCGUCCUCGGUCGCCGAGCUCGUCUCGAGCAUUUCGCCCAACGAACCGCGCUUCACCUUCUGGCGGUACACGCACACGCACGCUGGUGCCGAGUCCAGCCCGGUGCUGUUCUUCUACACAUGUCCCGCGGCAGCGGGCAAGUCCAUCAAGUUCCGCAUGAUGUACCCGCUCAUGAAGCGCGCGGUCCUGACCGUGGCCGAAGGCGAGGCCGGGCUUCAGGUGGAGAAGAAAUUCGAGGUAGAGGAGCCGUCCGAGAUCACCGAGAAGUCCAUCCUAGACGACCUGCAUCCCCAGGCCGAGGUCAAAACGGGGUUCAGACGGCCAAAGAGACCUGGUCGGUGA